UCAACUUCUUGCACUUCACUUCUUUUGCUCUGCUUGCAGUGUGACUGGACCUUCAACCCUAAUCAUGAGUAAGAACUACUUGUCCAAAAAUGAUGAGCUCCGCAAGGGAGACUAUCUGAUGUCCAACAACGGGAAUUUCAAGGCAAUCUUCCAGGAGGACGGUAACUUUGUCCUUUAUGGCUGGAGUCCUCUGUGGGCUUCAGACACGUGCGGAUCAGACGCUGUCCGCGUGUGCAUGCAGGCUGACUGCAACCUGGUCAUGUACAACGGACAGUCUGAGGCCAGGUGGCACUCAAACUCUGCUAAAGGUGCUUGUAACAUGUGCCGCCUUACCCUCACCAAUGAUGGAAAAUUGUUGGUGGACAAGGAAAGUGAGAAGAUUUGGAACUCUGAUGAAUCCGAGGGCAGGAAGUGA